ACGCACCCUUAAGACGAAGCAAUGAAUUCGCCAUAAAACCUUUUAGAUUAUGCAGACGUAUUAAUUUUUUUAUUUUUAUUUUCUUAUUAUUCCUAUGAGUUUGUGUUGCGUUCUUUAAAUAAUUAAAGGCAACUUUAACGCAAGGUUACCUUUUAAAGAAGUAAAUUUCCACCUCAACUUUUUAAACUUAAUCAACUUAUAUAUCAAAAUUAAUGUACACGUAUUAUUUUUUGGUGACUGUUACCGGGAGUUCGAAAUAGUAUCAAUAUGUGCUUUUACCAACAAACACAUUUGAAACAAGUUAAAGUUAUGUUUUUCCAUCCCUGUUAGUAGAAUUUCAUAUUAUUUUUAUACAUUAUGUUCUUAAACUAGCAGUACAUAGCGAAAGAUGAGCCACAAAUUAAUUUGUCGUAUUUGCAUGAAUUUCCAAGAGACAAUAAAUUUAAAAAAUUUAAACUCUCAUAGUGAAGAAAAUGACAUCUCAUUAUCAGAAAUUUUUUACAAGGUUACAAACAUCGAUCUAAGAAAAACUUUGUUUUAUGGGAAAAUUUGUGUACCAUGUUGUGAUGAGUUGAUAAGCUGUUUCAAAUUUAUUACAAAAUGUAUUGAAGCCGAUGAAAUAUUGAGAAGUGAUUCGCAAUUGAAUUUUUGUAUAAAAAUCAAGGAAGACGACGAUAUUGAUAAAUUUAAGGUAAAUGUGGAAGAAAUUUGGAAAAAGGAAUCGUCAUCUGGUUAUAUUGAGAAAUGCGGCGAUUAUUUCAAAUGUUUGUCUUGCAAUAAAUACUUUGCAUCAGAAACUGGUGUAAAUAAGCAUGUAGGCCAAUGUCUUUCUGGAUCUAACAUACUCAGCACUAAAAAAGAUUUUUAUGAAGAUGAAAAAGGUGUUAAAACUAUUACACUUGAUGAGAAACAAGAUGAAAACAUGGGCCGUGAAGUGUCUGAUGAUAGUAUUGAACUCCCUGAUCCUAAAAACAAGCGAAAGUCGGAAUAUAUUUGCACAUAUUGUAAAAAAAAAUUUGACAGGAGCAACCGUCUUACAAGACACUUAAGUGUGCACAACUCUGAAAAUAAACCAUUCGAAUGCCAAAUAUGUAAAUAUCGCUUUGUUAGUAAAAAAGCUCUUCUAACUCAUCAAAUAAAGCAUAACGAAAUUUGUCAAAAGACUUCAGAGAAAGAUAGUGAACUUCGAAUUAAUAAAUGUCCGAAUUGCCCAAGAAAAUUUUUGAAAAAGGAAUCAUUAGCAUCACAUAUGAGAGUUCAUAAGGAAGGAUUUCAAACAGCAAAACCCUUACAGAAAAGCUAUAAUUGUCACUCGUGUUCAAAAAGUUUUCUUUCAAUUUCAUCUUUCAUAAGGCAUAUUUUGGAGCAUCAAGGUCUUACUGACUUUAAGUGCAUUAUAUGUGUAAAAGAACAUAAAAAUAAAGAAGAAUUGAUUCAGCAUUUAAAAUGGCAUGAGAAUCGUAAAAUAUUUGAGUGUGAAAUAUGUAAAAAAGCUUAUAACCAAGUAAAUAAACUUCACAAUCAUGUCAAAAUAAACCAUGCUGAAGAGAAUCGACUUUUAUUAUGUAAUGUAUGUGGGAAUAGUUUUCGGAGUGCGUCAUAUUUGAAGCAACAUAUGCGAAUACAUACUGGAGAAAAGCCCAUUGCGUGUUCAGAAUGUCCAGCUAAAUUUUCUUCAAGAGCGGGAUUAAGUUCCCAUAUGCUCACCCAUACCAAAAUUAAAGCGUUUAGUUGUGACAUAUGCAAAUCAACUUUUACAAAAAAGCAUAGUUUGAAGAAACACAACAGGAUUCACACUGGAGAAAAACCUUACGAAUGUCAAACAUGUUUUGCAAGAUGUGAUCAGUUUAUUGAUAUUUCACAACACGGGUACAGGAACUCGGACAACAAAUCAAAAGUGACUAUUAAAUGGUUAGUCUGGGAAGAAAAACCAAUAUCAGACAUGCAGCAAAGCAGAGAGAACCAGUUUAACGGUUAUGAGUGCCAUUAUCAUGGAUACCCUACCUGUCUACCACAUAAUCUAAAUAAUAGUCUGCAUAACAAUAAAAACGACGCAUUAAACACCAGGUUCAAAUCAUCUUAUGUCUUGAAGCGACAUAAUUUAACUCAUACUGGAGAAAAACCGUACGCUUGUGAUUAUUGCGAGCGCGCAUUUGCGCAGAAAAAUGAUUUGAUAAAACAUUUAAAAAUACAUUUGGGAGAAAACAUAUAUAAGUGUGAUAUAUGUAUGGACUCAUUUCGUUUACAAUAUGAACUUCGUGACCAUCUUUAUGAGCAUUAUCGAAAACAAAAAGAAACUAAUAUUUAGAAUUGAAUUUAAUUUUAUGUCAAAAUGUUAGAAAAAUGUAUAGAAUAUUUUGGGGUGAAAAUUAAAUACAUAUGUAUUCAACAAAGUAGGAGGAUAGUGAAAGUGUUGCUGUGUAACAUUGAAUUUCAAAAUAUUAAAAAUUUGCUGUAAAUUGUAAUUAACUCGAAAAGUAAUAGUAAAAUAAAAUUUGUUAUUAUAACUGCAUUGAA